AUGCCGUCUCCAUAUCAGCUCCCGAAGAGACAACUCGGAAAGAAUGGGCCGCAGGUACCGAGGCUGGGCUUUGGGCUGAUGGGCCUCAGUGCCGCGUAUGGUGCGGUGCCGCCUGAUGAGGAGCGCUUCAAGAUCUUGGACCGGGCCUGGGAGAUGGGCGCGACCUUCUGGGAUACCGCCCAAGAAUACGGGGACAGCGAGGUCCUCAUCGGUAAGUGGCUCGCGAAGCAUCCUGAGCGUCGCCAGGAUAUCUUUCUCGGCACCAAGUUCGGGAUUGCGUGGAAUAUCAACGAUGGCAAGGUCGAGAUGCAUUUAGACACGAGCCCCGAGAACUGCCGCAAGACCUGCGGAGAAGCCCUCCAGAAGCUCGGCGUGGACUACAUCGACCUCUUCUAUAUUCACCGUUUCGAUGAAAAGACUCCAGUUGAGAAGACUAUGGAGGCUUUGCUGGAUCUGAAGAAGUAA